AUGGCAGGUGCGAAGAAGGGGAGGGGCGACCAAAAGGGCAGCCUCAUGGGGAGCAACGCGCUAGAGGAGGACGCGGAUGAGAGUGAGGCGGGAGACGACUUAGACGGGGGGGACAUGUCGGACGACCUGCAAGGGGAAGAGGCAGCUGACGAGGCGGCCGACGUGGAGGCAGUCGACCGGGAGGCGGCGGACUUGGAAGAGCAGCAGUACAACGAGAUGAAGCAGUGGAAGUGGAAAGCAUCCCCCAAGAUGAAGGCGGUGUGCGGCAGCGCGGGGAAGGCGGCCAAGGGGAGAACCCCCCGGGGUAGCGGCUCCUCCGGUGUGGCAAUCCCCCAUGGUAGCGGCCCCUCCAAUGUGGCAACCCCCCAUGGUAGCGGCCCCUCCAAUGUGGUGAGCGCGCUGAAGGCCAUCGAAAGCCACGACAAUGGCGCGGAGGGCAGCAGAAGGGGAAAAGGCGGAAGGGCAACAAACGAAGAAAACGAGUCCUUAUACGAAGAGAAGAAGCAAAAGAUAUUGAUGAUUCAUCUUUUAAAAAGCAUUAAGGAACAGCUAGAUAGACAGAAGGAAAACUUUAACAGUUUCUUGUCCUUUCUAAGUGAAACCUACGCGAGCUACGAACGCUUUUACGUUUUUAAAAGCGUCAGUGGUGUGCGUGGUGGGGUGGGGGAUGAGGUGGAGAUUACGGCGCAGUCCUUUUUGAGUCUACAGGAGGAGAGCGCGCCCCCCAGGUGCGGUCAGCAGAGGGGGGGAGAAGUGGGCGAAGCGGGAGAAGCGGACGAGGAGCCGCAGGAACCGCAGGAGGAUGAAGAGGGGGAGGAGGCGGAAGAGGGGGGAGAGGCAGAAGAGGGGGAAAAAACGCCAAGUGGAGGCGGACCGCAAAACGGAGGCGGACCGCAAAACGGAGGCGGACCGCAAAACGGAGGCGGACCGCAAAACGGAGACGGACCGCAAAACGGAGACGUACCCCAAAACGGAGGCGUACCGCCAAGUGGAGACGCACCGCCAAACGCAGCCGACCAGGGGAAGGACGCAAAGAAGCCCUCGGGGCAAAUAAAACAAAUCAAAGGGUUCCUCCACGACAUGUUGCAGUCGAGCGAGCUGUCCGCGCAGCAGAAGGAGUACCUGCAGGUGAUUCUAAAGAUCCUCACCUUAGAAGACGACCUGCUGCAAAAGGAAAAGCUGCAAGUGGAGGUGAACAAAAAGAUAAUUGACGUCCUCUUGGGAAAGUCAAAUGAGCUGAGAAACAUAGCAGUGCAUCUGAGCAAAGGGGAGGGAGCAGGAGAAGCGGAAGGGAACCAACGAGUGGACUUGGCUCAGAACAUCGUCUCUAAUUUGCUAAAUUUUUCUGUGGAGUUAAAAAACACGGGGAAUAUAGUGUAUAAUAAUAUACAGGGGCAAGGAGAGCUGCUGCAAAGCAUAGAAAAGAACCUCAGCAAGGCAGAAAACGAGCUGAAGAAUGUGCGUGUGCAUACGGAGUAUCGGGGGGGCAAGAAGCCGGACGAGCCGCCCAGCGUGGACCCAAGUGGCAACGACGUCGUGGGGAUUGGCCAUACGGGGGGUGCCGCUACUCCCGCCGCUGCUUUCGCUACUUCCACUCCUCCUCGCCAGGAGGGUGGCGAGUCCGAGUUCCUCCAGUAUUGCAAUUCUGGGGAGGCGAACACAGAUUCCACCUGCCCCUUUGGACCCGCAUCUCCCUCCAAGAGGGGGCCUCCUGGCAUGGACCCCACCUCAGCGCCCACCAAGGGCACCCACAACAGAUUCACCCUGGAUGAGACCAUGAAGAACCAUUUUUUCAACAUUUUUGUGAAGGACUCCGUCACGCUGAGGAAGCUCUACCGCCUGCUCUACGACAUGUUCUAG